AUGGAUAGAGCUGCGGGUCUAGACCAUUUAAAUGAAGUAUUGAACGUCAUCAAAAAAUCAAUUGAUAGUCAAGGUGGAUCAUUUAAGAUACAACAAGCACCUCGUGUUGUUUCUGACACAGAUGAAGCCGAUCUUCAACGUCAAAUGGAUGAGUUAGAGAAAGCAAAUCGUGAAGUUUCCGGUGACGAGGAUGAUGACGAGGAUGAUGAUGAGGAGGAUGAAGAUGAUGAUGAGGAAGGAGAAGAUGGAGAAGCGUCAGAGGAUGGAGAUCAAAAUGGGCACAAAUAA